CACUGUUGUGUUUUAUAUUGCACACUAGUAGUGUAUGUUAUUUACUUGUCUUGUAUAUAUCAUUUUAAAACUAAUAUAUUUUCCUUCUUCAGACACACCAUCUUUGAAUCUUCACUAGUAUUACAUUAUGUUUAUUGUUUUGUCAUAUUCAACGAUUUUGUUAAAAGAAGACUUUAUUUUUACCCCCAUUCAAUACUCGUCAACUACACAGACACACACCACUAUACAUUUAUUCAGCUGUGUAUAUAUAUUGUGCUAUCUCCCUCUUUGUUAUUGUAUUUCAGUUUCUGAUUCCUCUUUCUAGACAAGAAUAGAUAUAAUAAAGACUUGACCUUUUUUAAGUCUUUCUUGGUGUUGCUACUCUGCAAAAUCUUGAGGGGAUUUGUAUAUUGGUAUAUUUUGGGAGCAAACAACUUGAAGAGAUUAUAUAUUCUUGUUUGUUUUAUCAUGGGGCUUUCUCUUUCCUUGCUCUUGUCUGCUUGGAAAGAAGUCGUGACGACCCAGUUCUUCAGUUUCAAGAACCCUGUCGAGAGUUUUCUUGAAACCAGAUCUUUUAGCUUCAAAUUGAAACAAGGAGUCUUGACAUCAAGAACCAACAGUUUCAAGAGUGAGAAGCCGCCGAAAAAGUCUCCUAAGACCGGUAUGGAGCGGUCUUUGAGCUUUAACAGCUGGAAGAUUCCAACAGAUGUCACGGCUGAACCGUUGAACAACAAGGCUGAUGAGCAGAUUGCCGAAACGAAGAAGCCUGCUCGUAACAGUUUGAGCGGAAGAAAUUGCGAGAGAAUCCAAAUAACAGUACCCACGAUUACUCCACCUAAGCCUUUUGUGUUCUUCUCCCCUAGACCUGUCACAGAGCUUGACGCAGCUGCAACUACCCUACAGAAGGUGUACAAGAGUUACCGGACAAGAAGGAACCUAGCAGAUUGCGCUGUUGUGGUUGAGGAGCUCUGGUGGAAGACUCUGGAUGCUGCAGCUCUGAACUUGAGCUCGGUUUCCUUCUUUGGAGAAGAGAAACAUGAAACCGCUGUUUCGAAGUGGGCACGAGCUAGAACACGAGCUGCUAAGGUUGGAAAAGGAUUGUCAAAAGAUGAAAAAGCUCAGAAGUUAGCUCUUCAGCAUUGGCUUGAAGCUAUUGACCCACGACAUCGUUAUGGCCACAACUUACACUUCUAUUACGAUGUCUGGUCAGCAAGCAUGAGCGCACAACCAUUCUUCUACUGGUUGGACAUUGGCGAUGGAAAAGAUGUGAAUCUUGAACACCACCCAAGAAGUGUUCUGCAAAAACAGUGCAUUAAAUAUCUUGGACCGCUGGAGAGAGAAGCAUACGAAGUGAUAGUAGAAGAUGGGAAACUAAUGAAUAAACAAAGCAUGACUCUGAUCAAUUCAACAGAGGAAUCGAAGUCGAUUUUUGUACUUAGCACCACUAGAACUUUAUACGUUGGGCAGAAGAAGAAAGGUCGUUUCCAACACUCCAGUUUCUUGUCUGGAGGUGCCACAACUGCUGCAGGAAGAUUAGUCGCCCGCGAUGGGAUCCUCGAGGCUAUAUGGCCAUACAGUGGACACUAUCUCCCAACGGAAGACAACUUCAAGGAAUUCAUAAGUUUCCUGGAAGAGAACAAUGUUGAUCUCACCAAUGUUAAGAGAUGCUCUGUGAACGAGGAAUACUCGUCAUUCAAUUCCAGUGGCUACGAAGAAGAAGAAUCAAAAGAAAAGGAAGCAGAGAAUAAACCAGCAGAAACCAUCAUUACAGAGGAACAAGAAGAAGAGAAAGAGAGAGAAAGACCGGUGCUUGAGCUUGCAAAGAGGCUGUCUUGCAAAUGGAAUAGUGGGGUUGGUCCAAGAAUUGGGUGUGUCAGAGAUUAUCCAAUGGAGCUUCAGUCACAAGCGUUCGAACAAGUCAGUUUGUCUCCUCGGAUUUCGCCUGGUUCUGCACGUUUUCCAUCACCCUACGGUCCAAUUCCUUCUCCAAGGCCUAGUCCUAGAGUAAGAGUCUCUCCACGCUUAGCAUACAUGGGAAUCCCAAGCCCUCGAGUUCAAGUAAACUGUUAGGCCUUUUGCUCUUAACUUAAUUCACCAGGAAGUGAAUGUUAUGACCUGUAAGCUAGUAACGUGUGAGAAAAUCAUUCUCUCAUCUUUGUUCUUUAGUUCAUGUCACAGAAGUUUUUGUGUAAGUCCCUUUGGGUGUUUUGUCCCUUUUAGAUGGGUGCAUUGUAACUUCUGGUUUAGGUGAAUCCCAUAGGCUGUGUAUUCAUUAGGUAAAUUAUAAACAACUUUUUGUAUUAGUAGUGUACAAGUGUUGGAUUUGUAACCUCGAAUAAAUUUUGUUAAAAAUA